GUAUAAAAAAUGAAUGCUCCACUGUAAAUCCUCGACAGCGGCGUAGUCAAACCACAGCCCCAACCAACAACACUCGUCACCUCUCCUCUCCUCUCCUAUCUUAUCUCCGAGCCACUGUAACGGUCCUAUCAAUACGCACGCACACAAAUGGUCCGGACAAAAUCGACAGUCACGCACAUCCCCAUCUAUCCCCUUAUUCUCACAACGGCCUCCAGAAAUACCCACAAAAACAAAAACAAAAACAAACAUGAUCAAUCUUAUCCACCCGAGAAAAGGAAAGAAUUCAAACAAAAUUUUCUAACCAAUUGCCUACGGGCAAGAGUCCCUCCAUGUCUCAGAUCCUACGAAUUCCGCUGA